UUGGAUAGCUGUCAAGAUCAUAACUUAAAAAUUAGUUAUGGGUCUGUUGUUGACGUUUUUCAUUCUUAUUAUUUUCCAAUAGCUUCAAUUCAAUCGAAUCAAAAAUCCCAAAUUCAUCAUAUUCUUGAUUCAUUCACUACCUUCUCUACUUAUGGAAACCAGCUCUCCGUCUCCGUCACCACCGUCAUCACCAGCUUCUUCCGGCGGUCGUAGAUUCAAGCUUUACGACAGAUUAGAAUUGCUCGAAUUCCACGACAAGUACGUCAUCAAAUCCGUUGAGUCUCCGAUUAAAGGCUUCUCAAUUGGCCGUAGCGACGGCGACAUCCAGCCACUUGACAACGAUGAGACAAGUUCUGCAAGUCCAUCCAAAACUUCAAUAAUUUAUGGAGUUGCUGGUACAAUUAGACUCGUAGCAGGCACUUAUAUAUUUGUAAUAACUUCGCGGAAGGAAGUUGGAAAUUUUCUUGGUUUUCCAGUUUUUAGAAUACUGUCUAUGAAGUUCUUGUCUUGCAACGAGUCAUUGAAAUUUUCAACUCCUCAAGAAGCAAGUUUUUUAAAAAGAGAUGAAGCUUACUUUAUGAAUCUGUUGAAAACUGUUGAAUCAACUCCUGGCUUGUACUAUUCAUAUGAUACAGAUAUAACAUUGAAUCUACAGAGAAGAUGUAAACUAGCUGACGGGUGGCAAGUUAAACCAAUAUGGAAGCAGGCCGACCCUCGAUUUGUUUGGAACAAAAAUCUUUUGGAGGAACUUAUUGAAUGCAAGCUUGAUGAGUUCAUCAUUCCCCUUAUCCAAGGAAGCUUUGGAGUUGCACAUCUAAAACUGAAAGACAAAGAUGCAACUAUCACGUUAGUUUCAAGAAGGUGUACUCGGCGUCUAGGAACUAGAAUGUGGAGAAGAGGGGCUAAUCUUGAAGGAGAUACUGCUAAUUUUAUUGAAACGGAGCAGUUGCUAGAGCUCGAAGGUUUCAGGUCUUCAUUAUUGCAAAUUCGAGGUUCAAUUCCUCUUCUUUGGGAACAGAUUGUUGAUUUGAGCUAUAAACCACGCCUUAACAUUAUCAAUCAUGAGCAAACAUCAAAAGUUGUGGAGCGUCAUUUCCAUGAUCUUCUCCAACGAUACGGGGACACUACAGCUCUCGACUUAACUGAUAAACAUGGUGAUGAAGGAAAAAUAAGCUCAGCAUAUGCUGCAGAAGUGCUAAAGCUUCCAAAUGUGAGAUUCGUGUCCUUUGAUUUUCAUCGUGUUUGUGGCAGUUCAAACUUUGACAACCUACGCAUUCUAUAUGAUCAGAUCGAAGAGGAAUUCAGAAACCAAGGAUACUUCAUUAUAGACCCGGAAGGAAACAUACUAGGGGAGCAGAAAGGCAUCAUUAGAUCAAACUGCAUUGACUGCCUUGAUCGAACAAAUGUUACCCAGAGUUUUCUGGCUCAGAAGUCGCUAAAUUUACAAUUGCAAAGGAUAGGAUUACUUGAAUCUGACGAGUGCAUUUCUAUGUUUCGUGAAGAGUACGAAAAGUUCAGAACAUUGUGGGCGGAGCAAGGAGAUGAGAUAAGCCUUGAAUAUGCUGGAACUUAUGCACUGAAAGGGGACCUAGUUAGAUAUGGAAGACAGACUUUAGGCGGAGCAUUGAAAGAUGGCAUGAGUGCCAUUUCGAGAUACUAUUUGAAUAAUUUUCAGGAUGGAGUUCGACAGGAUGCAUUGGAUCUCAUAAGUGGGCACUACAUGAUCAACAGAAAUGGUCCUUCACCAUUUCAGCUUAACGGAUUUGAAUCAUUCUCUAAUAAAACACCGCAGUAUCUUCCCAUGGCGUCGGCUUUGCUAGUUGGAGGCUUGACAUUGACUACCUUCACCGUUCAACAAGCUGGGCGAAAUGCACAGCAAUAUUUAUCAACCGUGCUGUGGGCUGGAGUAACGGCAGGAGUAAUGGCGGUUGUUAAAGCUAAUGGAAGGCAGUUCUGUUCUAGGCCUCGCUUGUGUGGCCUUCUAUAAGUUAUUGUAUAACACUUCUAUUCUUUUUUUCUUCCAUUUGAGAAACUUGUACAAAAUGUAUCAUCUUGUGAUUUAUAAAGAAUAAAUAAUGCUCAGUAUUCUUCAAUAAGAUUACUCUAAUGUUACUAAA